AUGUCAAGGGAGGUAGUACGAGGGACGGCAUCCGGUGGAGUCGGUGGUACAGUGCCAGCAUCAGCGUCAGCAUUCAAACCAGUGGCGCCAUCACCAUCAGCGGCAGCAGAAUCACCACCAUCAUCACCAGAAUUCUCACCACCAUCAUCAUCACCAGCAGUAUCAUCACCAUCAUCCUCACCUCCAGCAUUGUCACAGCCAGCACCACCAGCAUCAUCAGCACCAUCAGCAUCACCAUCACCACCAGCAUUUUCAGCACCAGCAUCAACAUCAGCACCAUCAUCAACAUCACCAUCACCAUCAUCAGCACCAUCACCAGUUGCUGCGCCCGUUGCCAAGUCUCAGCUUCCAAUUGCUGAACCAACUGCCGAGCCUUCCCUCCCUGCCUCCAAGCAUGUUUCCAAACCUGCUGCCGAGCCUUCACAUCCGCCUCCCGAGCCUGUUGCCGAGCCAUCCCUGCUCGCUCCACUAUCAUCGCCUGCCGAACCAUCCCUUCCUGCCCUAACACCUGCUCCUGAACCAUCCGCCGCACCGCCCUCCGAACCACGCUCUGAACCUCCCUCUGGACCUCCUUCCGAACCUCCAUCCAAAGCACCUGAAUUAGGUUCGGAAGAGGGCGAGGAGCUGCUGCCAGCCGUCCCCGAGCCUAGCUCCCUGGUGUGCCAGCUUUCAGACUAUGCCAGAGUAUCCGGCCCUUGCCAAGGUGGCACGCGGCGCAUCUACUUUAACAAGGCCCGCAACUGCUCCGACCCCUUCCCGCUGAACCUCUCUCCUCGACCCGAGCCCUGCGGUGAGCUGCUCUGGCGUAUAUGA